AGAGAAAGAAGGAGAGAAAGAGGAAAGAAAACGAGAAAGAGAAUGAGAGACAAAGAGAGAAAAGAGAGAGAGAGAGAGAAAAUGGAAUUUCUCUAUUUCACAUGUCCUCACUUUCUUCAUUACAGAUUAAUAAACCUAUUGAUGGAUUGGGACGAACUCCUUUAAUCUUUGCCUGUGAAGAGGGCGCCGAUAGAAGAAUCAUCGACAUUUUGAUAAAAGCUGGUGCGAAGUUAGGAGCGAAAGACUACGGGGGUCAGACAGCUUUGCAUUUGGCUGUGUAUAGGCGUCGACUGCAAGCUGUGGAGCUAUUACUCUCUCGGGGCAGCAAUGUCAACGAGAAGUCCAGCGACGGCAGUACUUCUCUCCAUUUGGCUGUAAGUUCAUCUCAGGAAUGGAUAGAUGGUGUGAAAGAAUUAUUGAAACACAGUGCUGUUAAGGUUAAUCCUCGAGAUGAAUAUGGUCAAACACCGCUGCACCGGGCCUGUUGGAGGGGAUACUUGCACACUGUCGACAUUUUGUUGGGUCACAAUGGCAUCGAUGCCAAUGUGGUUGACAACGAUGGAGACACACCACUGCAUGAGGCAGUUCGGAAUACUUUCAGGCGAAAAUAUAAAGUGGUGUGUGCGAUGCUGAAGCAGGGUUCUGUUCAGUUGGAUAUUCAAAACAAUCACAAAAGGACACCAUUGCUUGAAGCCGUUUCCCAGAGUCACCUCGGAAUGACACACCUGUUAAUAGCCCUGGGUGCAGACAUAAAUGCUGUUGAUGGUGAAGGUAACAGCUGUUUGCACCUAGCCAUGGCAACAGAAAAGUUUAAUUCCGAGGGUGCACCCUUGGAUUUACUAAACGAAUGCUGCACUUCCCUUAACCUGAAAAUAGAAGAAAGGCUCUCUGGUAUAGUGGUUGCGAGAUAUCUCGCCAGCCAGGGAGCGGACUUUCACCAUAAAAACAACAAAAAUAACACACCAUUGGACCUCAUUAAGGACCCAAAUUUGAGAAAAAAAUUAGAAGCAUUUUUACCACCACAAUGUUUAUUGUGCAGAAAUAAAUCGGCCACAACAAAAGUCCAUCCAUGUGGACACCUUGUAAUAUGUAAGGGAUGUUCAAACGUUACACUUCAACGAUGUCUGAAGUGCGGGAAACCUGUAACGAGCAGAACUGGAGAUGAGGCUCCAAAGUUUGAGGACAGGUGUGUAAAAAAAGAGGCUACAUGUCAGGAAUUAGGGGCUGCAUCUCAGGCAAUUGAGGCUCCAAAGUUUGAGGACAGGUGUGUAAAAAAAGAGGCUACAUGUCAGGAAUUAGGGGCUGCAUCUCAGGCAAUUGAGUCUCCAAAGUCUGAAGACAAGUGUGUACAAACAGAGGUUGCGUCUGAGGAAAUUGAGAAUCGAACAUUUGAAGACAAGGUAACACAGACACUGGCAGAACCUGUUGAGUCUGUAAACCUGGAUGAGAAACUUCUUCAUAGUGUAGCAAAGAAGUUGGGGAAUAAAUGGCAGCAACUUGGUGAGUAAAAAUCACUUGAUUUCUAUAAAUUUUGCCAUUAUUUGAACUUUUGUUUGUUAGAAUGACUGAGAGCAGGUUCCAUUCCUAAUUUUCUUUCGAAUGGUUAGCUAAAGAUAUUACUGAAAUAUCACCGAGUAUGGUGAAAUAGAUAAAUUAGAAGAUACACAAGAGUUAAUAGUGUCGUUUGGGACAGGUAACUAAAUUCUAUUAUUGUUUACAGGUAAACAGGUGAGUUAAUGUCAAUGUUUCUAUUUGUUUACAUUACUAUUUAAUAUACUGGUAGGUUGUUGUUGUU